UUGCAGAAGAACAAAUGGGAAUUCUUCAUGUUCAUCACUCUAGAAGUAAUUGCAAUGAUCAUUACUGGUUCUGCUGCCAUCAUAAGGACUGUAAGUGAUCCAGCUUCUCCAGCAUCCUUUGGCGAUUGGCUUGGCUAUUCUGUUGUUUACCAUACUGGAGCUGUUUCUUUUUUCAUGAUGGACCUUUUCAUUUUCUUUGGUGUUGCAUGUCUAACUGGAGUUCAAGCAUACCAGAUAGCAAGGAACAUCACGACCAACGAGAUGGCCAAUUCCAUGAGAUACACUUAUCUAAGAGGCCCAGCUGGCAGAUUCAGAAAUCCGUUCGACCAUGGGGUGCGUAAAAACUGCGCAGACUUCUUGGUAAACGGGUACAAUGAGGACGUUGAGCGGCUCGAGCAUGCAUCACGCACUGACGAAGAAAUAGGAAUGAUACAGAUGACAAGUGCAGUCUCACAGAAUGGCGAGGGGCAUUCCCAUCAUGGUAAUUGCGAUGACCAUGCUUGUGCUGAUUCACAUGCCAACUCAAACUCUCACACUCAAGGUGGUUCCUCUCAGUGUUGCGACCACAGCAAGAAGAAUGAGAGGACACCAUUCGGCCUAGGACUCGGCCUUGGACGAAACAGUGCUUCCCGGCAGUAUAUCCGGAAUCUUCUUCCACUAUGAUUCGUCGG